GAGGAUGACGGCCAAGAAUGUUCGAUAUUAAGUAUCGGACCAUUUAGCCCUAUAUCGUCGUCGACGACAUGUCCGCUAUAAGUUAAGUAUGAAUAGCAGUCUGUGAUAAAGUCAUAGGGUCGUUUGACACGUCGUUCGAGAAUCGCUGGGCUUCUAUAGACGGAACUGACCGAAGUCGAGGGUAUAUUAAUCUCUGAAAGAUCGGAGAUUGAGGACGCCAUAGGAACCCUUAGUCGCAUCGGUGGCAUCUCAAAAACAAACGUCACUUUCAUAGAGCUACUACCAGGAUGCAUUCAACAGCGGCCUUAUGUCUCGGGCUCGUGGCCAGCCUCGCUCGGGGAGCUGUCCUCACCAGGCGUGCUGCUCUAGAGGAUUGCCUCUCCAGUAGUGAGACAGUCAUAGAUGCUAUCGGUUCUGACGAUUACAACCGCGACAUCACGCCCUUCAACAAGCGGUUAGAAUUUACACCUGCAGCCAUUGCCGUACCGACCACGGUACAGCAGAUUCAAUCUGCCAUAGCGUGCGGCUCAAAACUGGGGUAUAAGGUUACCGCGAAAUGCGGAGGGCAUAGUUACGCAUCUCUAGGUCUUGGUGGAGAGGAUGGUCACCUUAUCAUCGAGUUAGAUCGUAUGAACUCUGUUAAGCUUGACACGGAGACCAACAUCGCGACUGUGGACUCGGGUACGAGACUGGGUCACCUAGCAGCAGAGCUAUACGCUCAAGGAAACCGCGCUAUAUCCCACGGAACAUGUCCAGGUGUUGGCAUCUCCGGUCAUAUCCUCCAUGGUGGAUUCGGCAUGAGCUCCCACUCGCGCGGUCUCGCAUUGGACUGGGUGGUUGGAAUGAAUGUUGCAUUAGCAAACGGAUCGCUUGUCCACACUUCGGCAACAGAGAACAAGGACAUCUAUUGGGGUCUACUAGGCGCAGGCUCAAAUUUCGGAGUUGUUACAAGUUAUGAGCUUAAGACGUUUGAGCCUCCGGCAAAUGUCACAUGGUUCGUCGUUAAUAUGCCGUUGAAAAAAAACACAUCUGUCGCUGCUCUAGAGGCGAUAGAAGACUACACCCUGAAUACUAUGCCAGCCGAGCUGAACAUGCGCCUUUUUGCCACGCGUCAAUUCACCCAGCUGGAGGGCAUCUAUCAAGGAAACAAGACAGACCUCGAGGCUGCGUUGGCGCCAUUGCUCAACAAGACCGGGGCGUCCAUAGCGCAAGCCCAGACGACCACUUGGAUCAAGGGUCUCGAACAUUUCGCUACUAUGAAACUUAACCAGACGUACCCUUACACACAAGUGCAAGAGAACUUCUACGGCAAGGGUUUAGAGCUGAAGGGGUUGAGCGGAACUGCGGCGAAGAAUUUUGCUGAUUAUUGGUUGGACGUCGCCAAGAAGGAGACAACUCGGUGGUACAUCCAGCUGGACCUCCAAGGAGGCAAGAAUUCGGCGGUGUGGAAAGCUGACCCGGAUUUGACGUCGUAUGCACACCGUGACAAGCUAUACAUACUCCAGUUCUACAUGACGACAAGCGAUGCUCCGGACAAGGCCUUCAAAUUCGUUAACGAUUGGGCAGACACCACGACAGCUCCCCUAACAGCGGACGACUGGGGAAUGUAUUUCAACUACCCAGACACAAAUCUAAACCGCACGAGGGCACAAGAGAUGUAUUGGGGUAAGAAUCUGGCCAAGUUACAGCAACUGAAGGCAGAACUCGACCCCAAGGAAUUAUUCUACUACCCAGUGUCGAUCAGCCCCGCAGAGAAGUCCGAGCUUCUGUAGCGUAGGUAGGUAUAUAUAUUGCGUGGGGGAACAUUCGUGUACAUAAAUGCAAGAUACCAUUUAGCGAGGAGAUUUGAGACGGAUAAUUUAGCCAAGCAAGAAAUAUUUAGCAUAGGGUUAAACAGAGUAAUUUCCCUCAAUUUCUAAUUGAAGUUGAAGAUUGGGAUAAAUAUAUGAAGAAGUACCUAACCUAAUAAACUAGGUUAGAGCAAUUGGAGAAUUGUCCAUGUCCAUA